AUGAAUCAACUUCAAGUGACAAAACUUGGUCAUCGUAAAAAGUUUAAAAAACUUGUUGAAGCACUUAAAAAGAAUUCAAAUAUUACAAAUUUCCUUGAAACACUUUCAGAAAAUGAUUCCGAUAUGAUUCCACCAACAAGUAGUAGUAGCAGUUCUAAUAAUAUUAAUAAUAAUAAUAAUGGUACUGCUAGUAAUAGUACAGGUGGAGGUGGAAAUUUCACACAAACAGCUCAACCAUCUAAUUUCCAAAAUAGUAACUUGUCUGAAUUGAGUGCAGGUAGUUCAGGAGGUGGUGUUUCAGCUGAUUUAGUUUUUAAAUGUUAUCAUGCUGAAGAUGUUCAUUUAAUUGCAUUGAAAAGAGAUAGAGCUACUUUUAGUGAAUUGAAAUUAAAGAUUAUUGAAGAAUAUAAUUGUUUAAAACCAAUUAUUAAAUACCGUGAUACAGAAGGUGAUUUUAUUAAUAUUAGAAAGGAAGAAGAUUUUAAUAUUUGUAAACAAAAUGUUCCAGUUGACUCUGCUAUUAGAUUAUAUAUUACAACUGAAAAUGAUGCAGAUGACACUUCAAGUCAAACAAGUGGAAGUGAAAUGUCAUCAUCAAAUACUGCACAACUUCAUGCUCAACGUCAUACAGAUCAAUUUCCAUCAAUUUAUGCCUCAGAUGAAGAACCAGAAAUGGAUGAUGGAGCUGUUUUCUUUGAUGACUUUGUUGAUUCUGUAAUUAUUAUUACAGAUGAUAAGAUUGUUCAAUAUAUGAACAAAUCUGCUGAAAAGGCAUUUGGUUAUACAAAGAAGGAAGUUAUUGGAAGAAAUGUCAAGAUUUUAAUGAGUAAUACUCAUAGAAUUCAACAUGAUAAUUAUGUUGAUAAUUAUUUAAGAACUGGUCAAGCUAAAAUUAUUGGAUCUGGAAGAAUGGUUGAAGCUCGUGCUAAGGAUGGUUUAAUUUUCCCAAUUUGGUUGAGUGUUGCUGAAUCUGCUUGGUUAGGAAGACAUGCUUUCACUGCUACAAUUCAAGAUUUAAGAAAGGAUAAGAGUAAGCAUAGUAAUUCUUCUGUUACUUCUCUUUUGGAAAACCUUGUUGAUGCUGUCAUUAUUAUUGAUCUAAAAUGUAAUAUUUGUUUCUUAAACAAGUCAUCUGAAAAGAUGUUUGGUUAUAAUAGAGAUGAACUUAUUGGAAAGAAUAUUAAACAACUCAUGCCUGAGAAGUAUUCCAUUAAUCACGAUUCAUAUGUUUCUCACUAUUUGGAAACUGGAGAAAAGAAAGUUAUUGGAAGAGGUAGAAAAGUUACUGCUAAAGAUAAGAGUGGAUCAAUGUUCCCAAUUUGGUUGAGCGUCAGUGAAACUAAAUUCUCAGGAGAACGAUCAUUUGUUGGUACUAUUCAGGAUCUAAGAAAGGAAAACUCUUUGGACAAGAUGUUGCACUAA